AUGUCAGUUUCAUUACAAUCAGCAUUAGAAUUAGUUCAAAAAGCUGUUAAUUUAGAUAAUAAUGGUAAAGCUCAAGAAGCAAUUUCAAUGUAUUCAAUUGCAAUUGAUCAUUUAAGACAAGUUUGCAAUAGUAAUAUAGAUCAAUCCACAAAGAAUUUAAUUGAUUCAAAAAUUUUAGAAUAUCAAAAUAGGUCAAAUUUUUUAAAAUCUUCUGCACAUUUAGAUUUUAAUAAUAAUAAUAAUAUUUCAAAUAGUAACAGUAAUAUUACAUUUAGUAAUAAUAAUAAUUCUUCACCUCCACCAUUUUUAAAUAGUAGUAGUGGUAUAAAUAAUAACUUAAAUACUAGUGGUACAAAUUUAGUUGAAGAAGCAUUAAAAUAUGCAAAUGAAGCAGUUUCGUGUGAAUCAAAAAAUAAUUUUCAAAAUGCAAUUAUAUAUUAUAGAAAAUGUUCAGAAUUAUUAGAACAAGCAUCAAAAAAUGAAAAUGAUAUUGAAACUAGAUUAUUUUUAAAUCAAAAGAAACAAGAAUAUCAAUCAAGAGCUGAUACAUUAGAAAAACAAAAUCCACAAUUAAGUAAUAGUACAGGUAAUUUUAAUAAUAAUAAUAAUUUUUCAACUACAUCAUUAUCAACAUCAACAUCAACAGGAUUUUCAAAAAAUAAUUUACCAUUUCCACAAGCAGAAGAAGAAUAUUCAAUAAUGAGUCAAAUUCAAUUAUCAAAUAGUACAAGUGAAUUAAUUGAUUUAGCAAUUGAUUGUGUUAAAGAGGCAAUUAAAGAGGAUGAUCAUUUAAAUUAUGAAAAAGCAAUUCACUAUUAUGAUUUAUCAGUAAACUAUUUUCAAACAGCUUUAACUGGUGGUGGUGAAAAUAACCCACAAAUUAGACAAUUAAUUACAGAAAAAAUGAUAAAUUCAAAAUCAAGAUCACAAUUUUUAAAAAAUAAAAUUCAAUAUAAACAAAAUUUAAUAAAUAAUGAAUAUGAUUCAAUACCACUCUCCUUAAGACCUGGUCAAAAAUAUAAAGAUCCAGUUAGAAAGAAAACUGUUUUAGAACGUUUAUCAAAAACAAUUAAAGGUCCAAAAAAUAUUUCUGAUCAUUGGUUAUAA